UUAAGAGUUCGAGGAAAACCAUGGGAGACUCCGAAGAUACCAACAAGAAAGAAUUUAAAGGCACAGGAUUGGAUCUUCCACCGUACAAGCAUGGAAAUUUGAUCAAUGCUUCAUCCGAUGAAAAUCUCCGCGAUAUUCUUCUUCGUAUUAAGUCCACCAAAAUUCCUACUGUUAUCAAUUAUGGAGCCUCAUGGUGCGGUGUUUGUAGCCAGAUCCUUCCUGCAUUUUGCAAGUUGAGCAACCAGUUCCCAAAGCUAUCUUUCGUUUAUACAAACAUUAAUGAAUGCCCUGAAACGAUGCAGAAUAUUCGUUACACUCCCACAUUUCAUUUUUAUCGAGAUGACAAAAGAGUGGAUGAGAUGUUCGGUGCCGGCGAAGAGCGGCUGCACGAUUGUUUGUGGUUAUAUUCAUGAUAGAAUUAUGUUUGUUUCCUGUCUUUGAGACAAUUUAGAUUAUGAAUGUCUGUCAUUGAAUAAAGUAUAGUAGCACAAAUGGUGUUCUUUAUUAGGAACAAAGUUUGAAUACAAUAAUAAUAGACAAUUUAUAUAGAAAAAAUCACAUGUUUCUUUAUUCUUA